GAUGUCCGGGUGAGCGGACGAGGGAGUACGCGCCAGAAUGUAUCCGCUCACCCUCGCACACACGCGCUACACCCCCGCGGGAUGAUGAUAAAUGAUGGGUUGCCGCAGAUAGAACCACCCCACCCCAGACAAGGCCAGGCAGAGGGGGUGUUGUUGCUUGGUGUAAAAUCAGGGCGCGUGUUAAUAUUUGCUAGAUUACUGCGAGCCCUUGGUGCGCGUCGGACACUCCAUAGAGCACACACCAACACCAACACCACCACCAUCUUCGGGGAUGAUGGUUUUGGUCCGGUGAAUCAGCAAAUGCCGCAAAUGCGGGCAAGGAAUGUUGUGCUGUGCUAAGAUAAAUCAGGUUUCAGCAACGAAACAAUCGCUUCAUUUAGCGAACUUCCGAAGCGAAGUUGGUGGUGCCCCUUGGCAAUCGAGUCAUCCUUGGAAAGGAAUGAAGUGCGAGUGCGAAGAGCCUCCAAAUCGUUCCUAAGUGGCACGUGCAACAACGGAAUAAGUAACUUUUCCGACCUGCCUGACACCACGUCAAUCACCUCGGGAAGAGCUACCGUGAUUUUCCCGCCAGCACUCAUUAAACUACCGCAGAAUGGCCCAAAAGUUCUCCGAAAAGCAACGCCCUUCCCCGAAGCCGGCGAUUGGCGUUAAGUUCCUCCAACACUACUAGUAGCACACACAGCCAACUGGGAUUGAUUUUUUGGCACGCAAAACUAAUAAAAACUCAUUGCUCAACUUUUGCACCGGCGAGUACCGCCCCCUAUAAACAUGCUCCACAAAGCCGUUUGCAUGGCGUGCAGCUGUUCUGGCACUUCUUCUAUCGGUGGUGCUAAAACUUAUCUUCGUGCGGCACCACCAGGACACAGGCUUGCAGUGGUGGUGCUGUUGUUGUUUAUUGCGCCUUUGCGUUGGAAGAGUUUUGUUUUUAGUUUUUCCGCUCGCUGCUAUUAAACGGCGCACCCGGCAACCGUCCCCCGGGCGAAAGGGAUCGGGGGGCGUAAGAACAGAGGUGUCGGAAAAGUUGUGCGGCCUGCCAGGUGUCGAACGGUGUUCACAUCAACCUCGUGACCUACCUAAAAGGCACGUGGAGACCGUUGUACUCGAUUUCGAGUUGCAACUGCAAGGAUUGGAGCUUUUAGGGAUCGUUCCAUUCGUUAGUUGAUGAGUUUCCACCGUAGAGGAAGGUUCUCGCUAUCUGGACGGUACCACUACUACUACUACUACGACUACCACCAUCCCGAUACUACACACAGGAUGGCUGUUUGGGGGAAAGUGAAAAUUGCCAGUACCACCACCACCUCCAAAGCUCCGCUGGCGCGCACUCCAAGCAAAGCCGGUUCAUUGUUCAGCGAAACGCUAACGGCCGCCCUGGGGAAGCGGAAGAGCAAGUUCAAGGAUAUUACCGACGAGCUGAACCAGCACAUCAACGCCGAGGAGCGGGAGGAGCUGUACCAACGGCCCCUGUUCAACGCGGACAAGAUCCGGCGCAUGAUGGAGCGCAUCGUGGAAAAGCAGUUCGAUGUGGACGAGGAGGAGAUGCGCUACGUGUACAAUCCGGCCAAAAAUCUCAAGAUGUGCCAGAACAUCUCCAAACAGAUCAAGGAUCGGAUGAAAGCGAUGAACUUUAAGCGACACCGUAUUAUCAGCAUCGCAACGAUAGUGGAAAAGCAGCAGCAAGGAAUACACUACAAAAUGAAGUAUAUCCUCGAUCCGAAGCUGGACGACUACGUGCGUUUGUAUCACGAAACGCCUCACUUUUACAUCAUCGCCACAGUGCUGCUUGUCCACAAGGAUUAAG